UGCUGCGGACGGAGCGGAGCCGCAGAGCGGGAUGAAUGGACGCAGGGGAACGCACCGUCUCCGCUUCUCUCGGUCCUGACGUGACAAAGUUAAACCGUGAUAUUGUCCACACCUGGACGAUGACACCGGCUGCAGAGACGCGCACAGAGCAGCUCGGACUCGCAGCGACUUUCCGCAACUUUUCCUCGGGUCUGGAGGAGCUGAGAUGAGACGCAGAGACUGAAGCUUUUGCCCCGAAGAAACGAGAGGAUGUCAGCCUGAUGAUACAGCACUGAUAAACCCACCCUGUGUCUCCAGGUGGUCAUCAUGUCCCUUUGGAUGAUCCUUCCUGUCAGCCUGCCUGUCUUCACCAUCACUGGACUAUGGGUUGUAUACGCGAUGGCCCUGUACAACCAGCACGUCUGCCCUGUGCACAACUGGGUUUAUAAUGAGUCAUGUGCGGAGCAGCUUCCAUUACAGAGGGGUCCUGUACUGUGCUGCACCCUGGACAACAUACCACUCAUCAGUAAAUGUGGAACUCUGCCACCUGAAAGCUGCUUUUUCAGCCUGAUAUGCAGCACCGGAUCCUUUAUGGUGAUGCUCAUCGGCCUGCUGCGUUACGCUCACGUGAUAGAGAAACACCAGAACUGUGUCCUCAACAUGGCCGGCCUCUCCACCGGCUGGAUCUGCGCUGCUGGUCUCAUCAUGGUGGGAAACUUCCAGGUGGAUUUUGCCAAAGUCCUUCACUACGUCGGAGCAGGAGUAGCCUUCCCAUCCAGCAUGCUGUUUGUGUGUCUGCAGUCGGCUCUGACCUACAGACUGGCCAAGACCCAGGAGGAGUACCGAGUAGGACACCUGCGUGUGGGGAUGGCCCUGCUGGCACUGAUCGCCCUGGUGCUCAGCGGAGUUUUCUUUUGCCAGGAGAGCUUCGCCCUGCAGCACGCCUCCGCCAUCUUUGAGUGGAUCUACUGCACGCUCAUCAUGUUCUUCUACGGGACUUUUGCCUUUGAGUUCGGGGGCAUGUCGGGGGACACCCUGAUGGUCCUGUCCAGAGGAGGGGCCGUACAGAGCUUCUCCGCCUCGGAACAGAAGACAGAGGUGGGUGCAGGGUCCAACCACCAUCAGCCAGAGAGUUUGUCCAUCCUGUAACUGAACUUCAGCCUGUUUCGCUGCCCCUGAAGCUCAUAAGGAAAAAUAUGAACCAAUCUGGAAGACGCCCAAACGGAGUCUAAAGCCUGGAAGCUGCAUCUUGCAUAUCACCGCGCUCGCUAUUGCACAGAGCCACGGCGCCAAAGCUGUUCUCCUCAGCAGUGACCAAAGACUGCCUGACUUUUAUCCUGCCUUAUAACAGUACAGGCUACACUGCAAAACAUUGCACAACCAUGAAAGUGCCUUUCUGAACACAAAGGCCAGCAAAGAGAUGUACACACACGCACACGGUUGUUUGUUUUGAUUCUCUUAAUGGAACAAUCGGCCUCUGAAUUCUGAAGUCGCCUUUUAUCAGAUCGAACGUCCUGAAAGUGCCUCAGUGUCGCUUGUUGCCGUUUGUUUUCGUGUUUAGACGUUCGGACAUCGAGCUCCGUAUUGUUUCUACUCAGGAAGUUUUGUUACAUCAUCAGCUUUUUCACUCUUUACCUCAACAGUAAGGUGAGGUUUUCCAAAAGCUUUUGACAAUAGAUGGACGGUUACUGCGUGCCAAGAAUAACGCCUUUCAUUUUAAGUGACACAAACAUUUGAGUUAUGUCCUCAUGUUCAAAGAUGUUUAAUAUUUUUCCAAGUUUAUCUUGUAAUUCAAGUUCUGAUAUCCACAGAAACAUUUUGUGCAACUCAUAUUGGACAAUAAGCUCUGUUGUAUAUUUUGUUGUAUGUUGUUUCAGCUUUUUGCAGAAAGCGUCAGUAACAGUGAUCGAUUUUUUUUUCCAGCUUUAACGGGACCAAACUAUAGAGCAGGAACUGAGCUAUAUUUGAUUAUAUAUGGAAAAUAAAGGUCAACAAUAUAUGUGGCAAACAAAAAAUUA